UUAAUAUUAUAUAGAGCGGAGGCCUGGCACAUUCCUGGGUCAGACCGAUCGAGUUUCAUACAUACAAGGUCUUUCUGCAAGAUAAAUUGUACUACAGCUUUCGCGGCGUGUCCCUUUGCGUGUAUCAUCAUUCACACAUCGACCUUGGUCAGGAUCAAGUUCGACUCGAUGGCUUUCGUCUGGUCAAUGAGUCCUGGAGGCUCGAAUCAUCCUGUUCAUCAAUCCGGGUCUUCGACCGUCCGCCUUGAGUUGGACCUUUUCCCUUCUUUCGUUCCCAACUUACGACUUAUUUGAAGCAUCGAUCUCCGACCUUAUCUCGAUUCACGAAAUGCGUCCCCAAAGCAGGCCACUACUGAGGGUUUUAAGCAUUCUCCAUCUCAUAUACCUUACGAACACGGUCGCUAGAGGUGGUUUACUGCCACCGAAGGACCAUCAUUUGAAGAAACGCUGCCUUCCUCUUCCCAAUUGCGUCACCGAAAUUAUGGGGUAUUUCUUCGAGAAGGCGCAAGGAGUUUCCGAUCAACUUUCGGUAGUUAGCCAGGAAACUGCACAACAGAGAUGGAACGCUGAACUUGUCAAGGAAAGGGCAUCAAGCCCAUUGGUCGAAAGAAGUUACUGGGAACACAGGACGUUCCAAGUUUGUCAAAACGCAGCUCUCAACGAGCUGCUCAAGGAAUCUGCAAGGAGCAGGAUCGACCAAGCCACAAUCAUCGCUCUGUUGUCGAAAAAACUCAUCCACCCGAUCGAACAAAACCAUCGCCCAGAUCGUUUGCCCGUUUCGUAUCCUCCAGGCUUACGCGAACCUCCAUCGGAAGCCUCCUCGCCACGCAAUAAAGACAAUGUCUGGGACAAAAACUUGGAAGAAAAUCACGAAAUAAUCCAUCCAGAAAGCCCUGCAAGUGAUCCACUUCCGUUGGGAUUCGCGGCGGUGCAUGAGAACAUCAAAAGCAUGAAAUCCGAAUGCGAAAACCUAAGUGCCUUCAAUCUCGAAACUAGUCAAUGGUCCUCCAUUAUUCUCAGAUUGAUGGUGGUCACUUUGGCCCACAAAGUCUUCGAAUCUGCCCAGUGGAAAGUGGGACGAGAAAUAAUAUUUGAAGAACUAAUAUCACUUGCAUACCUGGAGAGAACCUCAAUAUACCGAGAAAUUGUGACCGGAGAGCAAGCUGCUCAAGAUCUACUGAAGGAGGAAGACUGGUGGUCCAAAGUGAAGGGAGGAAUGUCGGACAACUUAAGCCAAAUCAUCGGCCCAGAAACAGAGAGAUCAGACUCACAGGAUGAGUGGUGGAUGGCCCUCAAAGAGAAACUUUCACACAAGGAAUCUAUCGCUUAGGUAUAAAGAUAUCUCUCGUGUUUCUUUAUCUUGGAAGGCGUGAAUCCCAAGAGAGAUAGGAAAAAAAACAAGUCAAAUGAGGUACAAAAACACCCCUUAUCUUUUUAAUCACGAUUGAACUUAAGAUAAACUGAUCCUCUAUAUUCAAAGUGGAUUUUCUUCAUGGUGAUAUCCUUAGGAACUGUUUCUUUCUUUUUCCUUUUUGUUUCAUUCAUCCACUUUGUUUCAUUCAUCAAUUUUAUUCCUUGAUCACUCAUUUGAUUCA